AUGCUUCGAUGCGACGGACAACACUAUCAGGGCAGCGUGCAUCGACAUCGUCAUCCGCGCGUCGUCGCACGGCGGAAUGGUUGUCCGUGCGACGUCCCAUUCGCCAUUCCACUCGCCAUUGAGCUGCCUCUCCCCCUGCGCGCAGAUAAGUACCCUCACCUCGCCUCCAUCCUCUCUCCUUUGCUUAUUGCACACGCCACUCAAUGCCAGUCCAAGGCAAACUUGCAGCCUCCUUGCCAGUGCAAGGGGAGCAGCAAGGAGGGGAGGGCAGCAGGCGAGGAGAGCGCCAAGGCGGGCAACGGGGCAGCAUCGCCGGCCUCAUCAACGGUCAAGGCACCCCCUCCGCCUGCACCACCACUGCUCCAAUUCUCAGCUAAGUUUUUCGCCUCCUUCAGUCUUGCCUCUCAAGUGCUUUCGGUUGGUUUGAGUUCUGCUUCUUUUCUUUCUUUCCAUUCUGUCAAAUCCCACCGCUGGUUGGGGCAUGACUUGCAAGCCACAGACCUCCCUUUUCUUAUUCCAGUGCCACUGGUUGGGACCGCCUCACAUGCUGCAGACCCCCUUACUUCAGUGGCCCCUCCCCUCUCCCGCCUUGCAAAUGCCGUUCCCUCUCUUGCACUUUCACCAUUCAUCCCCUCGCUGCCCACUGACCAGCUCUGCGUGUGUGCCUUGCAGGUGGAGGGGAGGGGCGGGGGUCAACACCGACGCUUCCCCACGCCCCUCCCCUGUGGCCGUGCAGGUACCCAUGGGGAUGGGAGGGAGGCAGCACUGCCAAUCGCUGCCACAAGGGAGAGUACCGGGCCUGAGAGAGGGAGGGACCACCGGAGCAAGGGCAGGACACAGGGCGUCUCUCGUUUCAUCUCCCCCCCCCUCUCUCGUCCUCUUACCUUCCCUAUUUACAGUCUGAGGAAGGGAGGGAGCAUUGGAGCAAAGGCGGACAGAGGCAUCCCUCUUUUGACCCCCCACCCCCCUCCUCCACUCCCCACUUCCCGGCAGCGUGAGACAUCAUGGCAGUCUGCACGGCCGUGGUAG